AAUAUUUUGCUUUUCAUCAGCUGCUUUCAUACAGGCGGGUAGAGGCUCAUCUACCUCCGCGUCGCGCUCUUGUAUUCUCCUGGGGUCCUUUGAUGUUGCAAUAUGGCUGCAGUUGUAACCAGACACAAGCAUUUCAGUCAAGAAUACCUCAAUACUGAGUCUAAAUAUGUUGUUAAAGAAUACUCCAGCUCUGCGGCUGAAGAGGUGAAAUAUCAAUACCAAACACAGAAGAGAAUCCAGGGAGUGGUGGAUAGGAAGAUGCCUGAAAAAUACAUCCGUGAGGAGUCCAUGAUCAGGGGCCCCAAGUUUUUGGUUAGACUGAGGUCCCACACAGUGUUUGAAAACAGUGCCAUUAAACUUUUCUGCUCGGUGGAGGGAUAUCCCACCCCACACGUCAAAUGGUUCAAGGAUGAUGUCAUCUUGGACAUUUCCUCUGGAAAGUACUUUGUGGAGAACAACGCUGGAUUCCAUGCCCUCACCAUCCUCAAGUGUGCAACUGAUGACACUGCAAUGUACAUGGCAGUAGCCUCAAACUCGCACGGACAGGCUUCCUCCCAGGCCUCCGUCAUUGUGAAGAGGUGCAAGGAGGAAGAGAAGUCCAGUCCUUAUUCCUGGAUGCCUUACCAGUAUGCCAUUUUACCUGAAAUCAAGUACACAAAGAUUAACAUCACCUUCACUGAAAAGUUUGACGUGACUUUUGGAAAAGAAGGCGAAAAGGCCACCUUGACCUGCAAGAUGACCAUUAACCCCAACCUUGCUAACCUGCAACCUGAGGCGCUGUGGUACCGAGAUGAGCAUCUCUUGAAAGAGUCGAAGUGGGUGAAAAUGGAGUCUGGGGGAGGUGUUGCCAAGCUCACGCUUACUCAACUCGCUAAGGAUGAUGAGGGUCUUUACACCCUCCGCAUGGUGACAAAGGGAGGUGAUGCGGUCCACAGGGCUUACGUAUACGUUGAUGAUGGUCCACCUCCAGUUCCUCAAGCUCCCGGAGCCCCAAUGGACAUCAAGAUCCAUGACGCUAAUAGAGAUUAUGUCAUCGUGUCCUGGAAACCUCCUAACACCACCACUGAAGGACCCAUCAUUGGAUACUUUGUUGACAGAUGUGAAGUUGGAACAGAGAACUGGGUGCAGUGUAAUGACUCUCCUAUUAAGAUCUGCAAAUAUCCCGUUCAGGGUCUGUUUGAGGGACACUCUUAUUACUUUCGUGUGCGUGCCGUCAACUCGCGUGGCAUUGGCAGACCCUCCAGAGUAUCUGAGCCCAUUGCUGCUCUGGACCCCACAGAGUUUGAGAGACUUCAUACCACAAAACUUGGUGGUAGACUUGACGUUGUGACUUACUAUGAUGACCUUGAAGCUGAGGGAAAAGCUCCAGGACCUCCCUCUAAAGUCUGCACUUCAGAGACGGACCGAACAUAUGUUGUGCUCAGUUGGGUCCCUCCAGUCUACCAUAGCAAAGCCCCCAUGUGGUAUUACAUUGAGAAGCUUCAAGUCGGAGCAGGAUCGUGGCAGAGAGUAAACACUAAAGUACCCAUCAGAUCACCUCGCUAUGCCGUCUUCGACCUGUCCGAGGGAAAGGACUAUCUCUUCCGUGUGCUAUCCGCUAAUAUGUACGGCAUCAGCGAUGCUUCUGAGCCUACCGAUACCAUAACAACACUUCAACUGAAGGGUGUGCCCUCAGCUCCUGGACAAGUCGUUGCAACCAGGGAGACAGACACCUCUGUUCUAAUUCAGUGGGCACCUCCAAAGGAUCCCAAUAACCUGAUUGGAUAUUACAUUGAUUCUUGCGUGAAAGGAUCUAAGGACUGGACCUCAGCCAAUCACAAGCCCCAUAAGCAGACCAGGUUUGUUGUGCAUGGACUGACCACCGGUGAGACGUAUGUCUUCCGUGUACAAGCCAUCAACGAGCUGGGCCUCAGCGAUGAAUCCCAGGAAUCUGCUCCUCUUUCUGUGAGAAAUGCUCUCAAGUUGCCCUCUUCCCCUUACGACAUCUCUCUUCUGUAUUGUGACGGGGAAUCCAUGGUUCUCAACUGGAAGCAGCCCAUCCAUUCUGGAGGAGCAGAGGUCACUGAUUAUUACAUUGACAAAUUCAAUGUGGCCAAGAAGACGUGGAAGGAGGUCAACAUCCCACCCAUUAAGGAACGCCUGCACAAGGUUGGAGGUCUGACAGCUGGGUCAGUGUAUCAGUUUAGGAUCUAUGGAGGUAAUUUGGUUGGAUUGGGUAAUGCCUCAACCCCAAGCACGUCCUUCAAAUGUGAGGCUUGGACCAAGCCUGAGCCAGGUCCAGCCUAUGACCUGACCUUCACUGAGGUAAGGGAUGAUUCUUUGGUGGUGGAGUGGAAGGCUCCUGUCUACAAUGGGGUCAGUGCCAUCACUGGAUACUUCAUUGAGAAAUCCAGGAAAGGCUCUGAUACCUGGAGCAAAGUCAACGAAAGUUCAGUCAACCACUGCUAUAUCAAGGUCAAGGGUCUAGAGAAAGGCGCAUCUUAUGUGUUCCGCGUACUGGCCGAGAAUGCCAAGGGCAUUGGGAUGGCUUCAACCCCCUCUGACCCUGUGUGUGUCAAAGCACUGCCAGGCACCCAGGAAAUCAAGUGUGGCGUCGAUGAGGGAUCAGGUGACAUUUAUCUCUCUUUUGAGAGCUGCCAAAUGACAGAGACAUCAAAGUUUGUGUGGAAGAAGUCCUACCAAGAAAUUACUGACUUCUCUAAGGGCAUCAUCGUCAAGACAUCAGGCAGCAACUCAACUUUGGUUUUUAAGAACCCAGACAAAGAGGAUUUGGGCACAUUCUCUGUAUCUGUUACACAUACUGAUGGUGCCUCGGCCAGCUACAAGAUCUCAGCAGAAGAGCUGGAGAAGAUGUUGGCCCUCAGCUAUGACAUACGCAAUCCAAUUAUUCCUCUGAAGACUGAACUGGCCUAUAAGAUUCUAGAGAGAGGCCGUAUGCGCUUUUGGCUGCAAGCUGAGGGUAUCUCUUCUUCUGUGACCUACAAAUUCUUUGCCAAUAACAAGGAGCUUGUCAACUGUGAGCAAACUAAAAUGAGUCACGACGCAGCUACGGGCAUUAUUGAGAUGGUGAUGGAUCAUUUCACUGAAGACAGCGAGGGCACUUUCACCGUGCAGAUCCAAGAUGGCAGAGCUAAGGCCCAGUCUUCUCUGGUGCUGAUUGGAGAUGCCUUCAAGGCAGCGUUGGCUGAGGCGGACUACCAAAGGAGGGAGUACAUUCGUGUGAAAGAGGGCCCUCACUUUAUGGAGUUCCUCUCCGUUCAAUAUGGGGAUAACGCCUCUGUCGCUCUUGUUUGCAAGGUGGCUAAUUUGAAGAAGGAGUCUGCGUUUCAGUGGUAUAAAGACAGUGUAGAGGUGAUUCCUGAGGUGCCUGCUGACUUGAACUCAGGAGUCUGCAAGUUCGCCAUUACUCAUUUCUCCAAGAAGGAUGUGGGACUAUAUAAAGCAACCAUCACCGAUGACAGAGGCCAAGAUGUGUCACAGAUUGAUGUUUCUGGCAAAGCUUUUGAUGACAUCAUAAAUGAGCUCAGUCGUAUCUCUGGAUCCAAUGCCUCCGAGUUGUCGAUUCAGUGCACUGCGGAAGGCAUUAUGCUUGAGUGCCAUAUGAAAUAUUACACCGAGGAGAUGAAGAUCCAUUGGAAACAAAAGGAAUCUAAAAUCACUGCAUCAGAAAGAAUGCGAAUUGGUGGCAAACCAGCAAUGGCAACUUUGGAGAUAGUCGAACCUACUGAUAAGGAUAAAGGAAUGUAUAUUUUUGAGAUUGCGGAUGCCGAGAAGACGCACACUCGUACUCUGGACCUCUCUGGACAACUCUACGACAACGCCUACGCAGAAUUCCAGAGACUCAAAGCGGAAGCAUAUGCUGAAAAGAAUCGUGGCAAAGUGGUUGGUGGUCUUCCUGAUGUUGUGACAAUCAUGGAAAAGAAGACUCUGAGUCUGACUUGCACAGUCUGCGGUGACCCCAAACCUCUGGUCAGCUGGUCUAAGAACAAUCAAGAAGUAGAACCCAGUGAUCAGUACGUCAUUGCCAUGGACUCGGGCAAGUUCGCCAGCCUCACCAUCAAAGGCGUAUCCCUGGAGGACUCCGGCAAGUACACCAUGACGGUUCAAAACAAGUACGGUGGUGAGUCGGUGGACAUCGUCGUCAGCGUGUACAAACACGGCGACAAGAUUCCAGAAAUCAAACCCACACCCACGCCCAAGAGGAUCAUGCCUCCCACAGGUCCGAUUGUACUUCCCACCACCAAGGCUGCCACCGCUGCCCCUGCCCCUGCUGCGGCCAAGUCUCCAGCUUCUCCCCAAAACGCCAAAUCCCCCACUCCGCCCCGUGGCAUGAAGUCUCCCACUCCCACUAGGAAGAAGUAAAGGCCCAGCUCUUUCCUCUCAUUUGCCCCAACAGUACAAAGACGACUAGAUUUACAUUUCCACUAAGAAAUAUCAGUAUUUGCAAGGCAGAAAAAUAAGUUUGAGUUUAGGUUUUGGUUUGAUGUAAACAAAAUGCCGCCAUCAUUACACUCAGUACACAUCUUGAUUUCUUUCAGCUGUACACAGAAAUUUACAUAGUUGAUUAUGGGUAUAAAUCAGUAAAGGUGAUGCCAUUUUUCUGAUGUUACAUUUUUUUUCUGUCAGCAUAAUAUGCACAGACAUGUAUAAUAAAUAAUUCAUAGUUUCAUUGCCCUAAAAAGUGUAAAAAAAUUAGCUGCAUCGCAUACUGUCUGUAGAUAAUACAUUUGGUUUGAAACUUACUUCAUGGCCAUAAAUAAGGGUAAUCGUUUGAAUAAGGGUAUUAUGAAUGAAAUUCGGAGUAAUGUUUGACUCUGCGUUGCUGUUCGUUUGAGCAUCCUGACCAGCCUGAUACAGCAACUUAGGCACAACCAAUGGUGUGAGUUAAGGGGGUGGCGGUAUCUGUUUGUCUUACCAAUGACACAGAAUUUACACACUCUUUAAAUACAGCAAGGAAGACAAAACCAACUGAAAUUCAGUAUGCAAAUAAGACUGUCAGAAAUUGGCUGAAAAUUAUCUACAAAACAUCUGUACGAUAAGCGGUUUGGGCUGAACGAAUUGUAAAAGUUUAAUUCUUAGGUUUUGAGGUUUAGAACAAACCCUCAGGGAUGCACCGAUAUUAAAAUUCUGGCUCACACCAAAUAAACUGUUCACUAUUGAUGUUAUAGCUGAUAACCGAAAAAUAGCUGAUAGUAAAAUUCUAUUUUGAGUUAAAAAUGAAUAAAUAAACACUGAAGUAAAAUCAAAAGUUUUUUACAAGUGAAUUUAGGCAUCAUAUUGUAAUUGAAAGUAUGAAAGACUAAAUUGUUAGUGUUAUUAAAAAUUUACUGUAAGUAAGCGUUAGAAGAUGGCAACAUUUACAUAAAAAAUAGAUGAAAAUGAACAUGCACAAUUAGGGGUGCAUUCAGGUUGACUUUUUAAAUGGCUCUCUCUCUUCAGUGGCUUUUUGCCAUUGAUAUGACUGGGGAAAAUAUGUCCCAAUCAACCUGAAUUCAGCCCUACAAUACAUAACCAAUAUUGAUCAAUAAAAUAAAACAAAAAUCUGUCAUAACAACAGAUAUAUUGUGCAUCCCUUCAACAUUAUGCUGCCUUGCAAACAGUAAUUUAACUACAGUGCACAAAUAAUAAUAGUACAAUAGAAAAGUAGUAUUUUCCUCCCAAAAUGCAUCAUUGUGUCGUAAAAUGAGCAAGCAUUUAGUAUUAAAAGAAAGAGAGUAGGAAGUUUGUGUGAAGGAGGGUUGGGCGAGUUAUAUUUAGUGCCACGAGAAAAUGUGCGAAACAGUUUGUCAUCUGGGUUGCCUAAGCUGAGUGGGCUCCUAAUGAUUUUGGCUCCCUUUUGCUUGGGGGAAAAGCUUUGAUGUUAGUUUAUUAAAUAUCUGUUUAAAAGCUGUUCUUUUAGUUAGCAACUGAAAUCCAGAGGCUUUUUUGCUUUCUCGAGUGGAUGGAUGGCCUAAGAGUGCAGGACCUCCACUUAGCCCCCAGCGACUGCCAUGAGCCCAUCAGCGCUCCUCUCAACCUCAUCUCACAUCCUUGCCUUUUUCUUCUAGUAUUGUGUUAAUAAAAGAGUUGGAAAUCA